AUUGCUUGGUCCCAUUUUUUAACUCAAUCUCUCUCGGUCUGGAUAUACGACAGUGUUAUCCAACUUCGUCUCUGUCUCAUUGGCUACUUUAGUUGAGAAAUCCAUAAAAUUGAUAUAUCAGAACUGAAGCCUAUCUCAUUAUGGCUCGUGACAUCCUCAAGGCGGCGAAGUCCGCAUCGAAUGUGAUCGCUGUUAAUAAGAAAUACACACUUCAAUCCACCGGCAUUUGGGAGCGUUUUCGCCGCCUUCUUUCAAUUGAUCCCAACCGCUCAACAGGCGUUCCAUUGAAUGCUCAAUAUCGUCUACCGACUCCUGGAGCUCUUCCCCCACUUUCUUAUGAUGACCCAGUUACCAUUCCGGCUGGUGAUAUUGCGGACAACCCCUACUGGAAGCGUGAUGUACGGAGGAACUAUCCUAGGCUUAGCACUGUGGGCCAAGCAGACGCCGUCGGUCUUCUCACAGUAGGCAGCCAGGCAGCCCCAAAGGAUGAUGUAUUGCAGAUCGGUGAAUUAGGAGAGAAGCAACUUGUUUCUGUCAAGCAGCAAGGAGAAUCACGCGGCCUAGCCGGUCUUUUUGAGAAAGACAGGAAGAGCAUUCAUGGUGUUUUGAAUGCGAAUGGUUUGCCGCCGAAGCCCUGCAAUUUGAACCUCUCAGCAUCCAAAUACCAGCUCGAUCACGAUCAUGGCUAUCCUGAUGUGUAUCCCUGCCGCACUUUUGUUUAAAUCUGUCCCAACCUUGGGAUUGGACAUAUCACAUUCUUCUCUAUCUGGCGCGUUCCCCCUUGUCUUGGUAUCGUUCUGCCCUAAACCAAAGCUGAGGCGAAAAAGCGUGUAGAUCAGGUUUUGUAAAAUUAAAUAACAUGAGUGAUCUCGCGCUUCUAUCGCGAAUUUUGUUUGAGUUUUUCUUUAAAAAAUCGCUUCUAUCCAUUUUUUUUCCCCCUUGUCUCUCUUACUUUUCUUUUUUCGUUUUUCGAAGGUGGAACUUGGGCUGUCCUUCUAGCGUAGAAGAAAACGCUAAACAACCAGAUCUAGCCGUAUAGACCUUUCUACCCUUGCAAUAUCGGGCCAGAAAUCGGUAUGUCCGUGUCAGUCAAGCUAUACCCUCCUAACUACAUCUACAUCCUUGUCUUUUCUAAAA